GCGGAUAAUUUGGUUGUGUGGGAUUUUUGGGUUUUGGCGAGGCUGCCCGAUCGGGUAAAGCCGCUAGGGCUUAUAGAUGCCUGAUACCUCAGGCCUUAAGGUAUUAAGGCAGAAAGGUAUCAGGCAGUAACACAUGUAGGAUUUAAUCUUAAGAUUGAAACCGUCGAUUUCAGAGCAACCACUCCCACCGUCAUACCCCCCGCAGUCGCUGUAAUCGCCAAUUGACAUGGAUCUCGUCAAUCAUCUCGAAGGACGGCUUCUCUUCGCCGUUCCCAAGAAGGGAAGGCUACAACAGGCAACAUUAGAUCUCCUGUCCGGCUCUGAUAUUCAAUUCCGCCGUGAAACCCGUCUCGAUAUCGCCCUGGUUAAAAACCUCCCAAUCGCCUUAAUCUUCCUUCCGGCCGCAGACAUCCCCACCUUCAUCGGAGAGGGUCGAGUGGACAUUGGCAUCACAGGCCGCGAUCAGGUUGCAGAGCACGAUGUCACGCUCGGAGAUAACUCUGGGGUAGAGGAGAUCCUGGAUCUGGGAUUCGGCCGUUGCAAGCUGCAGGUGCAGGUCCCGGAGAAAGGCGAUAUGACGAAGGCGGAACAAUUGAUCGGUAAAAACGUGGUUACGAGCUUCACCUCUUUAACACAAGACUUCUUUGCCAAAUUGGAGGGCCACGGCGAUGUCACCAAGUUGCGCACAAAGGUCAAGUAUGUCAGCGGCAGUGUCGAGGCUGCUUGUGCGUUGGGUGUUGCGGAUGGUGUUGUCGACUUGGUUGAAUCCGGUGAAACCAUGAAAGCAGCUGGUCUCAAGGCCAUCGACACCGUUGUCGAAUCCACCGCAGUCCUGGUCAAGUCUAAGAACUCCAGCCAACCCCUCGUGGAUCUUAUCACAGCCCGUAUCCGUGGUGUCAUAACUGCCCAAAAAUACGUUCUAUGCCAGUACAAUAUCCCCCGUGGCGAGCUGUCUACAGCAUGCAAGAUUACGCCUGGGAAGCGUGCCCCUACCGUUACCUCCCUAGAUGCUGAUGGAUGGGUUGCCGUCAGCGCUAUGGUAGAGAAGAAGGCGAUUGCGACGGUUAUGGACGAAUUGAGCAAGGUCGGCGCCACGGAUAUCCUGGUUCUCAACAUUGCCAAUUCCCGAACCGAUUAGUUCAAGCAUCAUGGGCUUUCAUGAUUUGGGUACUUGUUUGGUUUUGUGCUCCAGGUCGGUUUUUCGAAGGGAAAGCAAAAAAAUCUAUAUUUAUUUGCCUUGUUUUGGUUGUAAAUCAUAAUAGACAAAAAUUCUGGAUGGAAUGAGGCAUGGAUCGUUAUGAAUGAUAGAGCAUAAUGGCAAUGUACUUUUAUAACAGCUACAAUAUGUACUGUGGCUACUUUUGCCAGAAAGACAGAAUAGAAAGUUGAAACUUGA